UUUCAUUACCAUAUAUCAAAGUUUGAGAUUUGACAGACAGAAAGACACAAGCAAGAUAAAGCAGGAGAAACUUUUGUUAGCUAGCUAUGGAAUUAGCCCUGGCUAGCGAAAAACCAAAGCUAAAUGCUGCUGAUUUUAGGCUACUGUAAUUCUAAUGAUGUAUAAAACAAACAUUUAAUAGUAAUAUUUAAUGAACCAACAUGUUGAUAGGUUAAUACUGUGUGUAAAUCCACAUAGAUCAACCAAUUGAGGCAUCUAAUCCCACUGUAAUGGAGAAACUAACCUAGCUAACGGUUGCUAGCUUAGCCAAAACGUCAUCAAAAUGUUGUUUUUUUUAUUUUAAGUAAGAAAGUGUAACUUGAACUGUAAGUAAAAGCAUGUAGAUUUAUUUAAAGACAGGCAGACAGACUCUAGCAAGGCAGAGUUAUGAACGACAUUGUUGGGACCAUGUUUAGUAAAACCUUUAUGGAGGAACUUCUCAAACCUCAGCAGCUGUAUUCACACAGGACAAUGAAAACAGUGCUAACUCGGUUAGCGCACACCUCCAUCAUGAGGCUGAACCCAGCCAGCAUGGACAGGCUUUAUGAACUGAUGAUCAUGGCGUUCAAAUAUCAAGUCUUCCUGUGUCCACGUCCAAAAGAUCUGCUGCUCAUCUCUUACAACCACAUAGACACCAUCAGGGAGUUUGUAAAGGACACUCCUGUGGUCCUGAACCAAGUAGAUGAGACACACAGGAAGAUCAUUGAGGUUUACUCAUCUUUAUCAGAGGGUGAAUUCCAGCUUCUCAGACAAACACUGCUCAUAUUUUUUCAAGACAUGCACGUUCGUGUGUCACUUUUCCUCAAAAAUCAAGUCCAGAAUCCCAACGGACGUUUUGCCCUGUCAACAUCGGGCCCAGUGCCUCAUGGGAUAGAUGUUCCAGGCCUGAUUAGGACAUUUGACUGCAAGGGCAGAGAAGUGAGUCGAGCCGAGUUCCCCAUAGGAGGAUGUUACACCAGUCCUAUCAGAGAGGGAUCUUUUCUGCUGCACGGCGACAGAGUCAGCACACUGGGCCUGAACAUGUACACUGUGAACCAUCUAGAGGAGACACACACAUCUAAGACUCCCACUGUCAAGCAGGCAGACAACACUCCCAACCUGCUGGCCAAAGAGGAGCUGAACCUGCUAGCUCGUCUGAUGGGCAGCAUGAAGGCCGAGAACACACCCAAAGCUGAAACCGUCUUUCGGAUCAAUCUAUUUAAUACGGGCCGAGAGGAGGAGGAGGAGCAGGAGGAGCAGGCGAGAGCUUCAGGUGGAGCCAGGGAGUCCUCAUAUGAAGUGAUAAAUAUUCAAGCGAUGCAGGACGAACAGGCUGCAACGGAGCUGGCUCUGAUCGCCGGACAGUUUGCAGAAGGGGAGAAGCAAGAAAACCAAGAGAGCAACAAAGGAGACGACCUGCUCGCCAUGAUGGACGACCUUUGAUCCUGCUGAACUAGUUUCAAUGAGCUGCUGCGACACGUUUAUUGUUGUCAACUGAACUACCUAAUUCUGGUGGAUGCCAGGCUCUUUAUCUCAGGAAUAAUCAUGGAUAAAACUGUCACUGUGAGUUAAAAUGUAACUUGUUGAUGUGUUCAGUUAUACACUAGGUUGUUUAACAUUAAUGAGACAGUAAGAUAAAAAUGUAAUAUAUCUGACUCAUACAGUAGCACCUGUGCACUGACUGACAAAAGACAAUUAAACUUAAACUUUUAAAUCAUUAGUAAGUUGAAAUAUACCUGAGGAAUGGACUGGAAAUCGUAAAGUUGCUAUAUUUUAUUUAUUUUUUUUCUAUAAAUUAAAGAAAGUAUUUAUUCACA